AUCCUCUAAUUCCCUUCAUUCUCUUGCUUUGAAGGGUGGGGGGCUAGGGCGGGCCGCACUGCGCACCGAGCGGGCGCCGGGCGGACGACGAAGCGGCGAGGCAGUGACUGGGGAGAGAUGUCGGGCGGCAGGAGGAGGGGGCUUGUGUGGAGCCUCCCCGUGGCGAGGUCGGAUGCGCUCGGCAAACUGGGCCCUGCCUUCGGCAUCGGCGCUGGCUGCGGCGUGGGUCUUGGCUUCGGCCUCAUCGGAGGUGCAGGCAUCGGAGCUGGAUUCCCUGGUUUACAAUUGGGGUUUGGAGCUGGAGCUGGAUGUGGAAUAGGAAUAGGUUUUGGUUACGGCUUUGGAAAAGGCGUUGCAUAUGAUGAAAGUGGAAGGUAUUCGAACAUCAGGAGACCGUUCCAGAGCUCCAGAAGCAUUGCUUUCGAUGAGAAGUUCGAUAUCAUGUUUGACGAACUGAUGGAGAGCACCAGGAAGCUGGUCAAAGCAACAUCAAAGGAGAUCGACAAAUGGAGGCGAAUGUAGAAGCGAGCAGGGGCAGCACUUAUAGGAUGAACUGCGUAGCGAGAGAAAGCGAUGCCAUCAGAAUCUAAGGUAUUAAUGUGUGAUUGGAUAAAGUGGCCUAGAAGCUUCUACUUGUGUGUAAGAAAGAAAGAAAGACUGAUAAAAGCGAGUUCUCCAGAGUACGAAGCCAAAAGUUGUCGAGGCACUCUACACGUGCUUCUUCUGUGUCCGUGGGAACCAAACUGACUAAAAAGCAAGUUGCUCGCUUGCUGUUACAUGGAAUAUUUUUCAGCGAUUCAUGAGGAUGAGAUACUCUGGCCUGCCGAUGCUGAUGCUCAAAAGCAUUAGUUUUUCCAGCCACGUGCUCGGUGCUGUCCAUGUGAUCGCGACGGCGCCUGGAAUUGAAAUAUCACCCACGACGUCGCCGUCGAAACCCUUGUUUUUCGUAUCCAAAUAUUUGGCACUUGGCAGGACAUAUUUUCUAGAGUAUUGUCGUGCCCAUAUGUUGACC